UCCUCCACCCUCCUUCGCUUUUCACCCUAAGCAGCUUCCGUGCGAGAGACGUCAGUGGGCAGGGAUUUCUGGCUGAACAGCUGACCACAAUGUGGAUGGUAUCGCCCCCUUCCGGAGUCUUGCAGUACACCAAGAAGCUUUUCUUGAGGGAGCAGGCAGGCCGCGCGCAAACCGUUGAGUUCCUGCGCAAGAAUGCGGCCAACUCAAUCUCCAUGGCCAACCUCCUCAUGGGCCUCUCCUCCGUCCUCUGCAGCCUCAACGGGCAUUACCACUACGCCUGCUGGCUAGUCCUGACUGGAUUCGUGCUGGACCUUGCCGACGGAGCUGUGGCGAGGCAACUCAACGCCUGCUCUGCCUUGGGGGCUAAACUGGACGACUUUGCCGACUUCACGUCCUUUGGCCUGGCCACGGGGCUCCUGCUCCAGGCCCACGGAUUCCUCGGCGGCCUGCUGGUGAUCGUCUACGUGCUGGCGGUGUUCACGCGGCUAUGCUUCUUCUCCAGUGGGAUGCCCUUUAUGUACCGGGGUUUGCCAUGCCCCUAUGGCGCCUCCAUGGUAGCUGCCACCUACUUCCUGACCGGUGGUCACCUCGUGGCCAUGCGCCUGAUGGCGAUAGUGAUGAUCCUCUUCAUGGUGGACCAGGGUUUCUACCCCCAUGACAAGGUGCUGGAGUCCCAGGCUUGGAAAAAGGCCAUCUUCGCAGGAGGUAUCUUGGUGCUCCUGUUUCACGCCUCCUUCCUGGCCUCUGUCUACUUCCUGAUUUGGUCCGUAUCGUACAUUUUUUUCCCCAACACUUUGUGGAGUUACAAAGUCUAACCUCUUCGGUGGACGUUGCGUGGACGAUGCCAGCACUGCACCCUGCCGAGGCAGUCUUCGGCGACUGGGAAGACGGACGGAUCCAGUGUUAAAAAAAA